AUGAAAAACACGAAAGAUACGCUGCGUGUCCGGGGCGCAAACUGGACCGAGAGUGAGAAAAAUAUCCUCGUAGAGGAAGUUUUAAAAAGAGAACACAUUAUUUUCGGAAAGUUUGCGGGGUGUGGCUCCUCGGGGGAUGUCACUGUUCGUGACAAGGAAGAAUCAUGGACAUCCGUUCUCCAGGCAGUAAAUUCUUCAGCCAUUACAAAGAAAAGUGUGGAACAGUGUAGGAAACAGUUCCACAAUAUCAAGCAAAGAGUCAAGGAGAGGCAUGAUGAUGCCCGCUACCCAAAAACAGGAGGUGGCCCACCCAUGACUUCCCCAUCUCCUUCCCAGAAACUUCUGUGGGAAGGGAUGGGGAAUAGGGCUGGAGUGAGGGGCAUUACCCUACCCAUUGAUUCAGAAGAUAUUGAAGACUUAGUUGACAACCAAUACCAGCAGGAUUUAUUGUCAAGAUCUCCAUUACUUGCUGAGGCAGCUGGUCUUUCUGUGGUACCUGUUGUGGCUGCCUGCACUGUUUCCGGCCCUUGUGGUGCAACAUCACACAAAGAUAUGGAAAAUCCUCCUCCAGCCAAGAGGGCCAAAAAAAGGACCAAUAGCUGUCAGAACAUAGAGGUUGAGGUUGAGCUGCUGCUGCUGGAGAAGGAGCGGGCAGAGGCAGAAAAACAGAAACUGGACUUGGAAUGCAACCUUCUCAAAAUUCAAAUUAAAAAUGAAAAAGAAAAACAUGAAAAGGAAAUGGCAUGUCUGAGCUCCAAAAGGAAAUUAUUGGAAAAGAAAUUUGAAAUGUUGGAGAAUCAGUCUCCUGACUGA